UUUUGUUUUUUGAACUUUUUGUAAAUGCGAUAAAAAAUGCCGGUCGCAUUGCCACCGCAGAUAGAGUUUGUUGCGCACAGGCCCAGUGUAGAGCCGUCGUCAUUGUCGUCGUCGUCGUCGUCUGCUGCUGCGGCCUGGCAAACCAGCGUCGCGACAGCAGCCAUGACUCGCCGUCACCAUCCAUCCCAGCAGCGUCGCCGCGUGCACAACAUUGCCGCCGCCAUUGGCGAAUUAUUGCUACUGAGCGAAGAUGAUGACGAUGAUGAUGGUGAUGACAGCGACGACGUUGGCCGAGUCGACGAAGCCAGCGAAAGCAGCGACACAAACAGCACUCGCAGCAAUUCCAUUGAAAAUUCGAUCAACGCUGAAAUUCCACGCGCACCGUCGCCGGUGGUGGUGGACAUGUCGCUGGAAGCCGCGUCGCUUGCCCUGGCGCGACAGUUGCAGAUGGAGGAGUACGAGGCAUUCGAGCGCGGCAGUGGCUAUGGAGCAGCAAGUGGGGACGACCCCUUGCUCAACAACAACACUGCCAGGCGCCAAUCGCCGCGACACGGCUUGGUGCGGGAGGUGUAUGAGCGCCUGCCGCUGGUCGCCGUCGUGCUGCUGGUGGCAUGCUUCGUGUACGCCGAUCCAUUGGCGCACACCCGCCGUCGCCUGCUUCAGUCCUGGCUGGACGACGACGUGGACGGCGUUGUUGCCGAAAAGUUCGAAUUGCCCUUUUGCCCCAAUGUCAAGCGCAACAACUACUACCACUACCACCACAACUACCACCACUACCAUGAGGACGCACCAAGCAGUCCAAGCACAUUGCAGUACUCGCCAUUCGAUGUAGCGCUGCAGUGUCCGGCGACAAUCACUGCAGCCCAGCAACAAGCCAAAAGGAGCCAAGCCAAAGAAGCCGAAGCGGCUGCCAAAUCCGCGUGGCGUUCAUCCUUCCUCACCCAGUCGAUCAAACCGUACAGCCAGCUGCCUGCGCCAAUGCGUGCAACAGCAUGCGUCACUUUGCAGAACAGUCCGCUGCACAUGUGCGCAGAGGGUAUGACGGCUGGAUUCGGCGCGCCGCUUGCGGAAGGCAGACCGAUCGUGGGCGAGCUCGUGCCGGUCGUGCCGGAUCAUGCGUGCCAGCCCCUCGCGCCACCGCAGCGCGCCAUGGAAAACUCUGGUUGGGUUGCUUUAGUGCGAAGAGGCGACUGCUCCUUUAUGACCAAGAUUGCAAAUGCGGAAGCAGCAGGUGCCAGCUCGGUGAUUGUGUACAAUGACAACCCUUCGGAAGGGCUUCUCCUCAUGCAGCCUGAAAACACGGUGGACGCGAUUCUGCUGCAGUUUCAGCGGAUUGCCGCCCUGGAAAUGCUCGUACCGAGCUCUGGCGACACUCAGUCGCAGGUCACAGCCAAGCGUAGCCCGCAGUCCAUUGGCAUUCCAUCCAUUUUCAUCACGGCAGACAGUGGCAAUGUGCUCCAGUCGCUCAUCACGUUGCACUCGACAAAUACUCCCUUGCGUGUUGAAAUCAACGCCCGGCCUCCCCUACGAGUCUCGGCGUUUCUCAUCCGGCUCUCCUAUGUCGCAUUGCCGCUGACAUCCAUUGUGUUUGCGGCCGUGUCGUUGACAAUCUACUUGCUCCGGUUUAAAUCCUCCGCUCACGCUACUUCGGCAGAAGACCUCCGUCGCAUCACUGCUCGCCUUGUCGAACAACCAUUCCCUCCAGCCAAGGUGGUGCCUGGGUGUGAUGUUUGUGUGAUUUGCUUGGAGGCAUUUGUUUUUGGCAGCCCCGUCGUGCUCCUCGACUGCCGCCACUGCUACCAUCGACGCUGCAUCGGUCUGUGGCUCGAAACCAGCAGAACUUGCCCCAUGUGCAAGCACGAUCUCCUCCGUUCUCAAUAGCGCACUUGUGUCGACAUGAUUUUGUAUAUUGUAGCUUGCAUUCGAAACGAAAAACACACAAAAGCAUGGUGAAACGCAACCAAUUGCAC